AGUAACAUCAGGAGACAAGUCCUGUGAGACCACCAUAUCUGUGCUUGCUUGGUCUAUCGUUUAAUCAGUUCACUCUUAGUUGUAUUGGCUGAAGGUUCGUCUCGCACCAAAGGGAGAAGGAAAGAUGGAAUCAGGAACGGCACGGGUUGUAAAGCUGCUUCAAAAGACUGCAUAUAUGACGCCUGGGGAGCGUGAAACUCACCUGACUAAUUUCCUGUAUUUUCCCCCGGGAACAAGCAAAGAAGUGGUCAUCAAGUCUUACACUGAAUGGGCACCAACAUAUGUGGAGACUGCAGGAGGUUACACAGGCUACCUGCUUGGCGCCGACGAGGUGACGUCUCGGGUACCAGAAGACCAGCGUCAUAGCCUGAGGGUGUUGGAUGUUGCCGCGGGCGCGGGAAGCGUGGGGCUCGAACUCAGUUCCAGAGGCUUCAAAUUAAUCGACGCACUUGAACCCAACGAAGAAAUGAUGAAGCAUCUAGAAACAACUGGAGUUUACACGAAGAAAUACUUAGAGUUUUUAGGCGAUGGGGCAAAAUCUGUUCCUAGUGACGCAUACGAUGUUCUCAUCUGCGCAGGAGGUAUGCUGGAGGGGCACAUACCCGCUAAGGGUAUUGAAGAUAUGAUAAGGGUAACUAAACCUGGUGGACUAAUCAUCAUUGUCAUGAACAAAAAGCACUUGCACAAAGUGGAGGAUUAUAAGGGACUUGAGAAUUACAUGGAAUCUUUACAAGAGAAGGGCUACUGGAAGAAGGUGGAAGUGAAAACAGUGCCGAACUACUUUACUGGCAGUGAUGGAAUCAUCUUUACCUAUAGGGUUUUGUAAGUUCGUCUUCUAAACGUAUUCAUGUAUGGGCACCAUAAUGAAUUCAGCACUGUACUUGGGAGUGAGGUUUUAUAGUUGUUAAUGACCUCCAAAACAAUGACUGAGCAUAAUUGCUGUUUAUUGUAACUUGCUUCACUGUAAUUAAAACUUUACCCGAU